CCGGGCACGCGCAGCGCGCCCCCUUGGUGCGCGGGCACAGCAGCCAGGCUGCCGGAGAGCUGAUCUCGGGGAUUCGGGUGCGGAGCCCUUGGCCUGGAGGCGAUAUGGGUGGUCCGUGGCCGGGUUCAGUCGUUUGCAGCCGCCUAGGGAACAGGCCUGUCUGGCCCUAAGGGAGCCCUCUUUGGAAGUGGUGGUGCUCAGAAGACCUGCUCUCUGCGCUGCUGGGCACCUGUAGGUGUCCCUCGAGAGCUCAGUUUUGAGGUUCAAGUCAGUGUGGCCAUGAAGGGGCUGCCUAUUUGGCUGAUGCUGUGACCCCGGAGUCUGCCUCUCCUGCCAGUCCCCCUGCCCGGAACAUGUGGCUGCAGCUUGGCCUGCCCUCGCUGUCCCUGAGCCCCACGCCCACAGUUGGCCGGAGCCUGUGCCUCACCCUGUGGUUCCUCAGCUUGGUGCUGAGGGCCAGUACCCAGGCCCCAGCACCCACAGUCAAUACUCACUUUGGGAAGCUAAGGGGUGCCAGAGUACCAUUGCCCAGUGAGAUCCUGGGUCCUGUGGACCAAUACCUGGGGGUACCCUACGCAGCUCCCCCGAUCGGCGAGAAACGUUUCCUGCCCCCUGAACCACCCCCAUCUUGGUCGGGCAUCCGGAACGCCACACACUUUCCCCCAGUGUGCCCCCAGAACAUCCACACAGCUGUACCCGAAGUCAUGCUGCCAGUCUGGUUCACUGCCAACUUGGAUAUCGUUGCUACUUACAUCCAGGAGCCCAACGAAGACUGCCUCUAUCUGAAUGUCUAUGUGCCCACGGAAGAUGUAAAGCGGAUUUCCAAGGAAUGCGCCCGAAAGCCCAACAAGAAAAUUUGUAGGAAAGGAGGAUCCGGCGCUAAGAAACAGGGCGAGGACUUAGCGGAUAAUGACGGGGAUGAAGAUGAAGACAUCCGGGACAGUGGUGCUAAGCCUGUCAUGGUCUACAUCCACGGAGGCUCUUACAUGGAAGGGACAGGCAACAUGAUUGAUGGCAGCGUUCUUGCAAGUUACGGCAACGUCAUCGUCAUCACCCUCAACUACCGGGUCGGGGUGCUAGGUUUCCUGAGCACUGGGGAUCAGGCUGCCAAGGGCAACUAUGGGCUCCUUGACCAAAUCCAGGCCCUCCGCUGGGUGAGUGAGAAUAUUGCCUUCUUUGGAGGAGAUCCCCGUCGAAUUACUGUCUUUGGCUCCGGCAUUGGUGCAUCCUGUGUCAGCCUCCUCACACUGUCUCAUCAUUCUGAGGGGCUUUUCCAGCGGGCCAUCAUCCAAAGUGGCUCUGCUCUGUCUAGCUGGGCUGUGAACUACCAACCAGUGAAGUACACCAGCUUGCUGGCAGACAAAGUGGGCUGUAACGUGCUGGACACCGUGGAUAUGGUGGAUUGUCUUCGACAAAAGAGCGCCAAGGAGCUUGUAGAGCAAGACAUUCAGCCAGCCCGCUACCAUGUGGCUUUUGGCCCUGUGAUUGAUGGUGAUGUCAUUCCCGAUGACCCUGAGAUCCUUAUGGAACAGGGAGAGUUUCUCAACUAUGAUAUCAUGCUAGGUGUCAACCAGGGUGAGGGUCUCAAGUUUGUGGAAGGGGUGGUGGACCCCGAGGAUGGUGUCUCGGGCACUGACUUUGACUACUCGGUCUCCAAUUUUGUGGACAAUCUGUAUGGCUAUCCUGAGGGUAAGGAUACCCUGCGGGAGACCAUCAAGUUCAUGUACACAGACUGGGCAGACCGUGACAACCCUGAGACCCGCCGUAAAACGCUGGUGGCACUCUUCACUGACCACCAGUGGGUGGAGCCUUCAGUGGUGACAGCUGAUCUGCAUGCCCGCUACGGCUCACCUACCUACUUCUAUGCCUUCUACCAUCACUGCCAGAGCCUCAUGAAACCCGCAUGGUCAGAUGCAGCUCAUGGGGAUGAAGUGCCCUAUGUUUUCGGUGUCCCUAUGGUAGGUCCCACUGACCUUUUCCCUUGCAACUUCUCCAAGAAUGAUGUCAUGCUCAGUGCUGUUGUUAUGACCUAUUGGACCAACUUUGCCAAGACCGGGGAUCCCAACAAGCCGGUACCCCAGGAUACCAAGUUCAUUCACACCAAGGCCAACCGCUUUGAGGAAGUGGCCUGGUCCAAAUACAAUCCCCGAGACCAGCUCUAUCUCCACAUCGGGCUGAAACCAAGGGUUCGGGAUCAUUACCGAGCCACCAAGGUAGCCUUCUGGAAACACCUGGUGCCCCACCUGUACAACCUGCACGACAUGUUCCACUACACAUCCACGACCACCAAAGUGCCGCCCCCGGACACCACCCAUAGCUCCCACAUCACCCGUAGGCCCAACGGCAAGACCUGGAGCACCAAGCGGCCAGCCAUCUCACCUGCCUACAGCAAUGAGAAUGCCCCUGGGUCCUGGAACGGAGACCAGGAUGCAGGGCCACUCCUGGUCGAGAAUCCCCGAGACUACUCCACUGAACUAAGUGUCACCAUCGCUGUGGGGGCCUCCCUCUUGUUUCUCAAUGUGUUGGCCUUUGCUGCCCUCUAUUACCGGAAGGACAAACGACGACAGGAGCCCCUGAGGCAGCCCAGCCCCCAGAGGGGAACUGGUGCCCCUGAAUUGGGAACUGCUCCAGAGGAGGAGCUGGCGGCAUUACAGUUGGGUCCCACUCACCAUGAGUGUGAGGCUGGCCCCCCACAUGACACACUACGCCUCACAGCAUUGCCCGACUAUACCCUGACCCUGCGGCGCUCCCCUGAUGACAUCCCACUCAUGACUCCCAACACCAUAACUAUGAUUCCCAACUCCCUGGUUGGGUUGCAGACCUUGCACCCCUAUAACACCUUUGCCGCAGGGUUCAAUAGUACUGGGCUGCCCCACUCACACUCCACUACCCGUGUAUAGCUCUAGCGCAGAGCACAACCCAUCUCCCAGCUCCCUCCCUUCCAGACCCACAAACACACAUGCACACACAUACACAUAUAUGUACACGCACGCACCCACACCCUACAGCAGACCCAUCUGCACAAACACAGACAGAUGUGGACAUGCACCCGCAUGUACAAAAACACAAAGCAGAAGUGAAUCUGAACAGGCCCUUCAAAUGGGGACACAUAUGAGUCCUUGGUACCAAGGGCCCAUGGGAAUAGCAGCUGGAGCCAGCUCCCUGAGCCCGACCAUAGACACUCCUGGGGCCCUGGAAGCCACAGCCGGACACUCCCUUGGUGCUCGCCUUCUCGGAACUGCACCGUCUACCAACUGCAGACUUGGGAGCUUUAAAGAGCUCUUCCUCCCCCAGACUUGGUCUUUUCUCUGGGUCUUGUUUUUGUUGAUUUUU